AUGGAUACACAGAGCUUGGUUUUUGAGUUAAUGGACAUAUUUAUUAAUUUCAGCAACACAUAUAAUAUCUCAUGUUUAGCUCGUAAAAAUCGUGUUGGGAAAUACAGAGCCCAUGUUUUCUGUUGCGAUUUCGUUCAAAAAGGCCAAUAUUCACACACGCUUAUCCCUCUCAGCUCAGUCUCCACAUCUCGUCCUCCACAGCUCAGUCUGCACAUCUCGUCCUCCACAUCUCGUCCUCCACAGCUCAGUCUCCACAUCUCGUCCUCCACAGCUCAGUCUCCACAUCUCGUCCUCCACAGCUCAGUCUCCACAUCUCGUCCUCCACAGCUCGUCCUUCACAGUUUAGUCCACACAGCUCGUCCUCCACAGCUCAGUCUCCACAUCUCGUCCUCCACAGCUCAAUCCCCACAGCUCGUCCUCCACAGAUCAGUCUCCACAUCUCGUCCUCCACAGCUCAGAUCCCACAGCUCGUCCUCCACCGCUCGUCCUUCACAGCUCAGUCUCCACAUCUCGUCCUCCACAGCUCAGUCUCCACAUCUCGUCCUCCACAGCUCAGUCUCCACAGCUCGUCCUCCACAGCUCAGUCUCCACAGCUCGUCCUCCACAGCUCGGUCUCCACAUCUCGUCCUCCAUAGCUCAGUCUCCACAGCUCGUCCUCCACAGCUCAGUCUCCACAUAUCGUCCUCCACAACUCAGUUCCCACAGCUCGUCCUCCACCGCUCGUCCUUCACAGCUCAGCCUCCACAUCUCGUCCUCCACAGCUCAGUCUCCACAUCUCGUCCUCCACAGCUCAGUCUCCACAGCUCGUCCUCCACAGCUCAGUCUCCACAUCUCGUCCUCCACAGUUCAGUCCCCACAGCUUAG